GAUCUCGCUCUUUGCUCGCAGCUUUAGAAGUUCUGUCUACCUCGGGAUUAACCGUGCUUGUGCUGGAUUUCCUCUGCUUCAGGAAGAAGCACGUUGCCAAGUUGACCCCGCAGGGCAGCAUGGGUGCCUGAGGAGACCCUCAGCGAGCGCCGGGACCCCUGGAGGAGGAGCUAUGACACGUUAGCGGCCCCGGAGGAGCUCACGAUGGCAGCCCAGCGGAUCCGAGCGGCCAACGCCGGCGGCCUCCCUCGGUGCAAGUCCGAGGGGACCCUCAUCGACCUGACCGAAGGGUUUUCCGAAACGAGUUUUAAUGAUGUCAAAGUGCCUUCUCCCAGUGCCUUGCUAGGAGACAGCCCCACGCCUUUCGGGAACGCUAAGGAAGUGGUCGCCAUCAAGGACUACCACCCGGCCAACUUCACCACCCUCAAGUUCUCCAAGGGCGACCACCUCUACGUCCUGGACGCGUCCGGCGGGGAGUGGUGGUAUGCGCACAACACCACGGAGAUGGGCUACAUCCCCUCCUCCUACGUGCAGCCCCUGAACUACCGCAACUCCACCCUGAGCGACAGCGGGGUCAUCGACAGCCUUCCGGACAGCCCAGACGAGGUGGCCAAGGAGCUAGACCUGCUCGGGGGGUGGACAGAGGACAAGGGUCUGGGCAAGACCUACAGUAACAACCCCUUCUGGAACGGGGCCCAGACAAACCCGUUUCUGAACGGGAACGCGCCGGGGGUGCCCGGCUGCGACCAGCUGGCCCCCAAGAGCACCGUGGAUCUGCUCCUCUUUGACACGGGCCUGUCUUCCUUCACCGAGUCCAGCUCCGCCACCACCAACAGCGUCGGCAACAUCUUUGACGAGCUGCCGGCCGAGAGCCGCCACCCGGCAGAGGCGGCGGGCAAGCGCGACAACCCCUUUUUCAGAAGCAAGCGCUCCUACAGCCUGUCGGAGCUGUCGGUCCUCCAGGCCAAGUCGGACGCCCCCGACUCCUCGGGCUUCUUCACGGGCCUCAAGUCCCCGGCCCCGGAGCAGUUCCAGAGCCGGGAGGACUUCCGCGCCGCCUGGCUGAGCCACCGGAAGCUGGCCCGGUCCUGCCACGAUCUGGACCUGCUGGGCCAGAGCCCCGGGUGGGGCCAGACGCAGGCGGUGGAGACCAGCAUCGCCUGCAAGCUGGACAGGUCGGGGGGCGCCGUGCAGCUGCCGGACACCGGCAUCAGCAUCCACGUGCCCGAGGGCCACGUGGCCCCCGGGGAGACGCAGCAGAUCUCCAUGAAAGCCCUGCUGGACCCCCCGCUGGAGCUCAACAGCGACAGGUGCAGCAGCGUCAGCCCGGUGCUGGAGGUGAAGCUGAGCACCCUGGAGGUGAACACCUUCAUCAUCGUGGAGAUGAAAGUGUCCGCCGAGGUGAAAAAUGACAUUUUCAGCAAAAGCACAGUGGGUCUCCAGUGCCUCAGGAGUGACUUGAAGGAAGGGCCUUAUGUCCCCAUCCCGCUCACCUAUACCUAUGGGGACACGGUCCAGGUCCAGCUGGACAACCUGGAGCCCUGCAUGUACCUGGCCAUCGUGGCCCACGGCCCCAACAUCCUCUACCCUUCCACGGUGUGGGACUUCAUCCACAAGAAGAUCACCGUGGGGCUCUAUGGCCCCAAACACAUUCACCCCUCCUUCAAGACGGUGGUGACCAUUUUCGGGCACGACUGUGCCCCAAAGACGCUGCUGGUCAGCGAGGUCACCCGCCAGGCCCCCAGCCCCGCCCCCGUGGCCCUGCAGCUCUGGGGCAAGCACCAGUUCGUCUUGUCCAGGCCCCAGGAUCUCCACGUCUGCGUGUUCUCCAACAUGACCAACUACGAGGUCAAGGCCAGCGAGCAGGCCAAGGUGGUGAGGGGGUUCCAGAUGAAGCUGGGCAAGGUGAGCCGCCUCAUCUUCCCCAUCACCUGCCAGGACCCCCGCGAGCUGUCCGACUUCACCCUGCGCGUUCAGGUCAAAGGCGACCAGGAGGCCAUCCUGACCCAGUUUUGUGUGCAGACCCCCCAGCCGCCCCCGAAAAGUGCCAUCAAGCCCUCGGGGCAGAGACGCUUCCUCAAGAAGAACGAGGUCGGGAAAAUCAUCUUGUCCCCAUUUGCCGCCACCACCAAAUACCCGACGUUCCAGGACCGUCCGGUGUCCAGCCUCAAGUUCGGCAAGCUGCUCAAGACGGUGGUGCGCCAGAGCAAGAACCACUACCUGCUGGAGUACAAGAAGGGCGACGGCAUCGCGCUGCUCAGCGAGGAGAAGAUCCGGCUCAAGGGGCAGCUGUGGACCAAGGAGUGGUACAUCGGCUACCACCAGGGCAAGGUCGGCCUGGUGCAUGCCAAGAACGUGCUGGUGGUGGGCCGGGCGCGGCCCAGCCUCCUCGCGGGCCCCGAGCUGAGCACCUCGCUGCUGCUGGAGCAGAUCCUGCGGCCUUGCAAGUUCCUCACCUACAUCUACGCCUCGGUCAGGACCCUGCUCAUGGAGAACAUCAGCAGCUGGCGCUCCUUCGCCGCCGCCCUGGGCUACGGCGACCUGCCGCUCACCUUUUUCUGCCGCGCGGAGCUGGACAGCGAGCCCGAGCGGGUGGCGUCUGUGCUGGAAAAGCUCAAGGAGGAUUGUAACAACACCGAGAACAAGGAGCGGAAAUCCUUCCAGAAGGAGCUCAUGAUGGCCUUACUGAAGAUGGACUGCCAGGGCCUGGUGGUCAGACUCAUCCAGGACUUUGUGCUCCUCACCACGGCGGUCGAGGUGGCGCAGCGCUGGCGGGAGCUGGCCGAGAAGCUCGCCAAGGUGUCCAAGCAGCAGAUGGACGCGUACGAGUCCCCCCACCGGGACCGGAACGGGGCCGUGGACAGCGAGGCCAUGUGGAAACCCGCCUACGACUUUUUACUGACGUGGAGCCACCAGAUCGGCGACAGCUACCGGGACGUCAUCCAGGAGCUGCACACAGGCCUGGACAAGAUGAAAAACCCCAUCACCAAGCGCUGGAAACACCUCACGGGGACUCUGAUCCUGGUGAACUCCCUGGACAUCUUGAGGGCGGCCGCCUUCAGCCCUGUGGACCAUGACGACUUUGUCAUUUGAGCGCGCUCCCUCUCACCCACUGCUGCUCUGGGGCACCCCCCCAUCUGCCCCAGAUGCCCGCGGGGAGGCAGGAGGGGCCAGCCGCUCCGACACAUCCGGGGUCCCCCUCGGCUGGACCCGCACCCACGGACCAAGCACACACAGCGCUCCACCUCCCUCCUCCCUCGCGGGGGACAGGGAAAGGGGGUGCUGAAGGGAAUUUCUACUACAGGUCGUCACCAAUCAAAAUAGCUUUCUAUUUGUUAGGUAUACAUUUAAAUUUAAAAUCACUUUUUUUUAAAGUAUGGGGGAGGCCUAUGAGAAAGGUGGCAUCUGAUUUUUUUAACGGACCAUAAAGGUCCAAACACAAACAAAAACACCUUCCUAGGGGCGGAUGCUGUUGAGGUUUUGAUGUUCUAUAAAGACCUUUUUAAAUUAUGUCAUAGAUGUAUAUAUGUAUUUAAAGGUGGUUCCCAGCCUCACUUUGCAUUUCAGCCCUUAGCACGGGGACGCGCUUGGACCUCUUCUGCUCUGUGUUUGUAAAAAGGAUCAAUCGAAUAGGAAAUGUGGUUUUCCAGGACAUGAGUCCAGCUCUUGCCCAUCCUUUCUGGGAAUGCCCUCGGUCCUGCCAUGCCCUUGAGCUUCCGUUCUCUUCUGUCCCUUUGCUCCGUGUUAUGGCAAACGGCCAGCAACGGCACAUGUGACCCUUCCGUGAGCUUUAGCGGGCAGAGUGAAAUCCUGCACAUGCCAGCAGGUUCCCUGAGAUGAGACCUCUGUGGCCCCCAAGCGGCCGGUCACCCAAGAGAACAGUGCCGUGUGCAAUGCAGUGUCCCCACAUCUCUCAGAUGCCACAGCCCUCGGGCCACGAAGCAGAGGUCACCGCGAGGGACGCCCACGCCCUGCUGCCCCUGGCCAGCUCCGCUCCAUGUGGAACUAGCCCCCUCCCUUCCCGGGUCACCCAUGUCGCCUAGGAAACAACAGCAUAAGGGACACCUUUUUUUUUUGUACAAUAUAAAGAUGGUCUGAGCAGGACUGCAGGUGUUCUGAACAUGAAAAUGCAUCCCGCCUAAAACCAGGGACUUGGCGGAGUGGUGCCCUCACAACCUUUAUGGUUGUGGGUCAGUGGGACGUGGGCGACGGGGCAGUGUCAGGUCCCAUGACCCCACGGUGCUUUCGGCAGCUCGGCAGGGAGGAGGGGGCAGGACCAAAGAAUUAGAAUUAUCUGGUGAAUCAAGAGAAUCGAUUCCUGGCAAUGUGCCUGCACACGCACUGGGUGGUUUGGGCUUCCUGGACCCCACUCUCUAAAUCUGCUGUUUUGAAACACAUUAGUGUAAUCAGCGUCCGAUCCUAAUUAGGCUGAAACAUUCUUCUAUGCCUAUGGACUCAGAUACGGAAGACCAACUGGCUAGGAAGAAAAAGAAAAACAACACCUAGAAAAACACUACGUUUCUUUCUGCUGCAAGAACAGGGACCUGCAAUUCCCCGAUCAUCACACAAAAUAACCUUAAAUUCUGCCUCUCCUUUCCACCCUCAUCCUGCCCAGAGAUGUCUCUCACCUUCUCCCCAAAGAAGAAACAAAACCACUUGCACCUUAAACCAUCGAUAUUUUUCCUCAGGGGCUUUAAAUAGUUUCCUAUGCAACCUGUCUUGUAGCACAAUUAAAUUCGACAAAAGUUGCAGUAAAUUUUAUUUGGAUAUUUUAA